AAGAAAGUGUAGCCAGGCGAUGUAUUAUAGAAAUAUAAAAGAUUAAACUCCUUCAGAGCUAACAAGUUAACAUUUAAUUGAUAAUAAAACACGGGAGACGUCCAGUCGAUUCACUUUGUGAGGUUUCUAUUCAGGUAAAGCAUCACCUGUUCAUCCGCGGUUGUAGAUUAUUAUACGCGUAAUAGGCUUUGCUGCAGCUUCAGUAGGUAAAGAUUCGAGUGAACCGGUCCGGAUUUACUCACCCCUGUGCUGACUCCUUUGACCUGUGAGUCCGUGCAGUGUUUCUCCAUUUUCACUCCAAAAUCGAAAGAGAAGAGGGAGCGGUGACGCUCAGAACAGCGACCUCAGGCGCAUAGAGACGCGCAGAGAAGCCGUGGUCACGUCCAGUAUGGCGCUAUCAAAUGUCUUCGAAACUCCUGCAGCUGGGUUUAAUUUCGACAACGCAGCAAGGAAUGCUGCAUUAGAGGGUCUAUUUCAUGGAGGACAGACACCCAAACCUAUGAAAACAGGCACUACUAUAGCAGGAGUGGUGUUUAAAGAUGGCGUGGUGCUGGGAGCAGACACAAGAGCAACCUCCAGUGAAGUGGUGGCUGACAAAAUGUGUGCCAAGAUCCAUUACAUUGCUCCAAAUAUAUAUUGUUGUGGAGCAGGCACAGCAGCAGAUACAGAGAAGACCACAGAUCUUCUCUCCUCGAACCUCGCAAUCUUCUCUCUAAACAGCGGGCGAAACCCUCGUGUCAUCAUGGCCGUCAGCAUACUGCAGGAUAUGUUGUACAGGUAUCGUGGUCAAAUUGGUGCUAGUCUUAUACUGGGAGGAGUGGAUUGCACUGGGAACCACCUGUACACAGUUGGGCCAUAUGGGAGCGUAAAUGAGAUGCCUUACCUCGCAAUGGGAUCUGGUGAUCUGGCUGCUCUUGGGAUACUAGAAGACGGGUUCAAAGUUGACCUGGAGCUGGAGCAGGCAAAGGACCUGGUUCGUGCUGCCAUAAAGGCAGGCAUCAUGAACGACCUCGGUUCAGGCAACAACAUCGACAUCUGUGUCAUCACCAGACAAGGAGUGGACUACAUCAGACCCUACCAGGAGUCAGAGUACAAAGAAAACAGGAAAAUGAAUUACAAAUAUCGUCCUGGCACUACAUCAGUUCUGACAGAGAAAGUUGUCCCCUUCAAGCUGGAGGUCGUGCAGGAGGCCGUGCAGCAGAUGGAUACAGCCUGAGCCAACCAUCACAUCACAAUCAUACACCAUUUAGCAGGAAAAUUAUUUCAUUACAUUGUUAUUCAUUACAUUUUAGUUUGAAGUAGUGAAACAUCUCAGAUAUUUAAUAUUGUCAUCAUACUUUCUGCUCUGCUGCUAUACUUCACUGUGAUGUGGCAUUGUUGAUAGUUACUGCAGGGAUUAUUGCAGUGCAACAUUAAAGCAGAGAGACUACUGCAAGGCCAAAAUGAGAAAACUGUAACACGUUUUUUACGAUAUGAAUAAAUAAUAAAAAGAAUCAU